AUGGCCUCAGAAAUGCCCAUGCCAGACAAGUCCAUGGACAGUCCUACCGACUCCAAAAGCUACGAGGUCGAAGCUGGUCAUGGUGGUAUCGAUCAAGCCAAACAGCGUACGCUUGUUCGAAAGUUGGACAUGCACAUCAUUCCAAUGGUGAUGCUACUCUAUCUUCUUUCUUUCCUCGAUCGUGUAAACAUCGGCAACGCCCGUCUCUACGGUUUGGAAGAGGAUCUCAAGUUGAAAGGCGACCAAUACCAAACCGCAGUCUCUGUACUCUUCAUCACAUAUCUCCUGAGCGAGCUUCCCUCAAACCUCAUCCUCAAGAAAUAUGUUCGACCCAGCCGUUGGAUCGCAUUCAUCACUACUGCCUGGGGAAUCGUUGCAACAAUGACUGGUAUUGUACAAAGUUAUGCCGGAUUGUUGGUCUGUAGACUUAUACUUGGACUUCUGGAAGGCGGCUUGUUUCCAGGAUGUGCAAUCUACCUGACCUUUUUCUAUACCAAGCACGAACUUGCUCUUCGAGUGGGAUAUCUGUUCGUCUCAGCUGCGUUGGCCGGAGCUUGUGGUGGUCUUCUUGCGUAUGGUAUUGGAUUCAUGGAUGGAAUUGCUGGGGAACGGGCGUGGCGAUGGAUCAUGAUUCUCGAAGGGAUUCCAACAGUCAUUCUUGGUAUAUCCUGCCUGUGGCUUCUGGCAGAUGAGCCAGAAACCGCCUAUUACCUCAACCAAGAAGACAAAGAAAUGGUCCUUGCAAGACGAGCGGCUCAAACUGGAGUGACCGAUGUCUUCGAAUGGAAAGAUGUCCGAAAAGGUCUGAAGGAUUGGAAGAUUUGGGUCUUUAGUGCUGCACAAUUCGGCAUGGACACCAUGCUCUACGGCUUCUCGACUUUCCUCCCAACCAUCAUCCAAGGAAUUCGACCAGGAUCAUCAAGACCAAUCAUUCAGGUCCUCACCAUUCCGAUCUAUGCUCUCGGUGCGAUCAGCUACAUGUCAGCUGCAAGAUACAGUGACUGGAAGCAGAUCCGAGGACCUGUCGCCGCUUUGUUUGGAGCGAUAUCCGCAGUGGGAUACAUUCUGCUCAUCUCCCCAGUGAGCUCCGGAGUGCAAUUCGCAGGUUGCUUCCUAGCUGCAAUGGGUCUGUACGUUGCAGUUGGGAUUCCACUCGCAUGGCUGCCGAGCAACAACCCGCGCUAUGGCAAACGCACAACAGCAACAGGUCUCCAACUGACGAUAGGUAAUGCGGCUGGCGUUAUGGCCCCCUUUCUGUACACUACUGAAGAAGGACCGCGUUACAUUCGUGGACACGCAGUAACGUUGGCAUUGGUUGCUCUUGCGGCAGUACUGUAUAUGGGAAUGUACGCCUACUUCAAGACAGAAAAUGUAAAGAGGGCGAAAGGAGAGCGAGAUGUCAUCAAGCAAGGCUUGACAGAAGAAGAGGUUGUCGCACKUGGGGAUGAGAAUCCUGGAUUCGUCUUCGCAGCUUGA